CCCCACCGCGCAACAACUGGGCAAUUCCAUCAAGGCCAGCUCUCCUCUUCAAGUCUCAGGACUCAGCCUCGCACCUCUCCUACCUUCUUCAUCCUCCCUCCUCCCGUCUCUCUUCUUCCUUUCUUCUGAAAAUCUUGCCCGCCACCCAUCCCUCGGCUGCCUCACCCCUCACCCCUCACCUUUUACCUUCACGUAGCUGCCCUCCCUAGCUAGCACGCCUUCACCAGCGGCCAGCACCCGACCCUCACCAUGUCACGGCGGCAUUUCCCUACUGCUGAGCUCUAUGAGGAGCGUCAGCGCGAUCUCCGCGGCAAAAACGGCAAUCGAUCUGAACGCAGCUACGAUGAACUCGACCUUGAGCUGUCCCACGGCAACCCCCGCCGUAGCGCACCCGACUUCUUCCUCCGAGACGACCACCGCUCCAGCGCAGGGCCUCUAGUUAUGCACGAGCGCCGCGAGGAAGAGGUGAGCAGAGGUCCACCCCGUCGUCGCGAGAUCGAAGAAGAUACUCUGGUUAUCCGAGGCGGCCGCGCCCCGCCUCCGCCGGCAAGCUUGAGGGAGGUUGAGCGAGAUGAUAUCACCAUCCGCCGUACUGAAGGCGAGCGACGCCGCCCUAGAGAAGUUGAGCGAGAAGAGACCGACAUUACUAUUCGUCACCGUGAUCAAUCCAGGCCUCGGUUUGAACGCGAAGACAUUCAGUUCCGUCGUGGCGAUGGUGCACGUCCCCGUCCCCGCGAAGUCGACUUUGAACGCGAAGAAAUUAAGUUCCGGGAUCGCGAGCCAGCGAGACCGCGCGAAGUUGAACGUGACGAAUUCAUCUACCGUCGCGACGAGAGCCGUCAUGGUCGAGAGCGUGAGGUGGAGAAAGACACGCUGGUAAUCCGAGGGCGUGAGAGGAGUCUGCCCCCUCCACGAUCUCGCGGAGAGCUAGUUGCGAGGGAGCGCGAAGAGUUCGUCGUCCGUCGCCGUGAGACAUCCCCACCGCCACGUGAACAGAUCAAGGACGAGAUCAUCAUUCGACGUAUGGAGGAGCGUUCACCGAGCCCUCCACCUCCGCCGCCACCACCACCAGAGCCGGAACCAAUUGUCAGGCCUCCGAUCAUUCAAGAAGUCAUCACCCAUCACCGCCACAUCGACCAUGGUGUUGAGAGGGCCCGGUCACCCACGCCUCCUCCGCCACCACCAUCCCCUCCACGUGAGGAUAGACUUGAGAUUGAAAUUCGCCGGCGAGACAGGAGUCGUGGUCCUGCACGAGGAUUUGAUGAGGAAUUUAUCUUCGAGCGUGAGACUCGUGAAAGUAAGUCUCGCGAACUUGAACUCGCUUCCUCUAGCGGACGUUCUAUCAGUCUCGGUCCUAGACGUCGCUUCACUGCUCCAGCCGACUCCGACUUUGAGUUGGAGGCAGACUACUACAAUCGAAAGGCCUUGGAGCGUGCUUAUCCUGGCGAAGCAUGGAAUGGCGCUACCAAGGACUGGACGAUUGUGGAUGUGCCUCCAGGGACGAACCGCGUUCGGAUGGAUGGCAUUGGAGGCGGCGCUCAAGAGAUCUCCUGGCAGCGUUACAACGGCGUCCGCCGCUCAAAGUUUAUCAGCGGAGAAGACGAAAUUGUAACUGACUUUGGUCCCCCAGCCGCGAAACCUAAAGCGAAGGACAUGUGGACCGAAAUCACCAAGGAUUUGGUUAUCAAAGAGGCCAUAGAGUCUGCGGGGUACGACUAUGAAGAAACCGACUAUUUCUUCUAUGUCAUGGAGUACCUACGAUAUGAGGAUGUCCUUCAGCUUGUCGAAAUCUCUGAUGACAUCCGUCGUAAGCGUAAAUCUCGAGUCCGCCAGAUCGAGUACGAGCGCGAAGAGGUUCGAGACCGGAAACCAGGAUGGGACGAGCGCUUCUUCGAACGCGAGGUAUCCUACGACCGACACCGACACCGGUACAGAUGAGUGUCUUGGACGAAUGAACAAGACUCAACUCACUUGGAGUCUCCAGUGAUUGCCAAAGCAGCUGCACUGUUCCUCUGCACAGUCUCUCUUCACCGUGCACCAAUUCAGCAUGCUCUUUGGGCAUUGAAGGAUUUCUGAUCACAUUUUGAUCUCUGAUUUGGAAUCGAUACAAGAUGUUCUGCCCCUUUGAAGUUUUCAUAAAAGUAUGGAGGAUGAUACCAGACGAUUUACGAUACGAUUCAUGAU